AUGUCUGGGAGGCGAACGCGGUCCGAAGGGACCGCUCAGCGCUCUGGGCCCAGAACCCCAUCCCCGACUGAGUCUCGGCGGAGGUCCCAUAGGAAAUCAGGCUCUGAACUCCCGAGGAUCCUUCCUCAAAUCUGGCCUCAGGCACCUCACGCGACUCCUCCAGUCAGAAAGCCCAUUGUCUUGAAGAAGAUCGUGGCCCAUGCUGCAGAGAUCCCAGCUGUCCGCUCGCCUCGCAGGAGCCCCAGGAUUGGUUUUUUAUUAGAGAAAGAAAACAACCCUCCUAGGAAGGAGCCUACUAAAGAGGAUCUUUUCAAGACAUGUAGUAUCCCUGUCACCCCAGCCACCACUCCUGUGCACAACCUGAACAUCAAGUCCAACUCCAAGGAAGGAGACCCAGAUGCUAGAGACUUGGAAAUGUCUAAGAAAGUCAGGCGAUCCUACAGCCGGCUAGAGACCCUUGGCUCUGCCUCCACCUCCACCCCAGGCCGCCGGUCCUGCUUUGGCUUUGAGGGGCUGCUAGGGGCAGAAGACUUGUCUGGAGUCUCACCUGUAGUGUGUUCAAAGUUAAUCGAGGUCCCCAGGGCCCCUGCAAAACCUUGGGCCCCAGACACAACUCUUCCUGGAAUCUCCCCCCCAGUCAUGAAAGAGAAACGAAAGAAGAAGAAGGUCCCGGAGAUCCUGAAAUCGGAGCUGGAUGAGUGGGCUGCGGCCAUGAAUGCCGAGUUUGAAGCUGCUGAGCAGUUUGAUCUCCUGAUUGAAUGA